CGCGAACACGCAAAGUGCACCCAAUUCAAAAACAAGACUGACUUGUAUUGCGCCACGAUACAUUUCUGAUAUAAAUUUCAACUUGAAGAUUACGGUCACAAUGGUAAAGGGUUUAGGAAAGCCACCGCAGGAGAAGAACAUACAGGUCGUUGUGAGAUGCAGACCUGUCAAUGGAAGUGAGCGGAAGCAAAAUUCUUACUCCAUUUUGGAUGUGAAGCCCUCCAAAAGAGAGAUUAUUGUCAGCACAGAAGUUGCUGAAAAGGCCUCUUCAAAAACAUUCAGUUUUGACAAGGUCUUUGGCCCCAAGGCUCCCCAAAUUGAGGUCUACAAGUCAGUUUGUGCACCAAUCCUUGAUGAAGUGCUCAUGGGAUACAACUGCACAGUAUUUGCCUACGGGCAGACUGGCACUGGGAAGACAUUCACCAUGGAAGGCGAGAGAACUCCAGACCCAGAUCUCUCCUGGGAACAGGAUCCACUGGCUGGCAUCAUUCCUAGAGCGAUGCAUCAGAUCUUUGAGAAGAUGGUCGGCACCGAUGUUGAGUUUUCAGUCCGUGUCUCUUAUCUGGAGCUGUACAACGAGGAGCUCUUUGAUCUUCUAUCCUCUCAGGAAGACACCCAGAGAUUGAGAAUCUUUGAGGAUUCUGCUAGGAAGGGCUCUGUUGUGAUACAAGGUCUUGAGGAAGUAACAGUCCACAACAAGAAUGAGGUGUACGCUAUCCUAGAGAAGGGAGCAGCCAAGAGGCAAACAGCUGCAACACUUAUGAAUGCCCACUCUAGUCGUUCUCACUCGGUCUUCUCGGUGACCAUCCACAUCAAGGAGAAUUCAAUCGAGGGGGAGGAGCUUUUGAAGACCGGCAAACUCAACUUAGUAGAUCUUGCAGGAAGCGAGAACAUUGGACGCUCAGGGGCUGUCGAUAAACGGGCCAGAGAAGCCGGUAACAUCAACCAGAGUUUGCUGACUCUUGGGAGAGUUAUUACUGCGCUUGUGGAGCAUGCCCCUCAUGUGCCUUACAGAGAGAGUAAACUUACUCGUCUUCUACAGGACUCCCUUGGCGGUAGAACCAAGACGUCUAUUAUAGCCACUGUGUCGCCAGCUUCCAUCAAUGUUGAGGAAACGUUGAGUACACUGGAUUACGCACACAGGGCCAAGAACAUCACAAACAGGCCAGAGAUUAACCAGAAACUCACCAAGAAAGCUCUUCUCAAGGAAUAUACAGAAGAAAUUGAAAGGCUUAGGAGGGAUCUCUUUGCGACCAGGGAAAAGAAUGGCAUCUAUCUCUCAGAAGACCACUACAAGAACAUGGAGAGCUCCAUCGCCAGUCAGAAGGCACAAAUCAAAGAGAUGGAAGAGAAUAUCGAAGGGCUUACUACACAAAUGCAGAAGGUAACAGAGCUGUUUGAAUACACCCAGAAAGAACUUGAAGAAAGAACGGAAGAGCUGGAGAUCACCACCAAGAAUCUGGAAGAGACCACUGAAACACUUCACAUAACAGAAAAGGAUUUGAGAGAUACAACACAGGAUCGUGAUGAACAGCGCCAUCUAGUGUCUGAGCAUGUAAAGACAGAGACACAGCUCAUGUCAGAGGCCACACAGCUCCUGUCUACGGCGGAUAACAGUGUGAGUGAUGUAGGAGGUCUUCAUGCCAAGCUUGACAGAAAGAGAAAGGUGGAGGUACACAACAAAUCCGCUCAGGAGGCGUUUGCAAAUAACUUUCAAAGCUACACCUCAAAUAUCAAGGGCGCCCUCUCUCAGCUCCAGGAAGAACAGCAGGGGAAGUGCCGUUCAAUGCAGCAACAGUUCGACUUCAUGAUCAGCAAGCGUACACAAGAAGCUGGGUGUCUACAAGCUGCCCUGUCUGACAUGGUCACCUCGGUCAAAGGUCAUGCGGUAGCCAUGAUGGAAGAGAGUGAGAGGAAGAAAGAGGAGUGGGAAACAUGGUCCCACAGUACUUGUGCUGAACAUUCAAAAUUCAAGGAGGAUAUGAUCACUGGUAUGAAUGAUUUCCUGAACAAUCGUUUCCUCGCUGCCAUGGCUGUAUUUGAAGAGAAGCUGUCCGCUCUGACCGAGUCACUGAACGAAUGUCGCAGAGACGUCAAGACACAGAUCAGCAGUCAGUCGGAGACUCUCCACGCAUGCGUUGAGAAGCAGAAAGAGAAGGUCAGUCGCAUGACGGCGACCGUGGAAAAGUACUCUGAACUUCAGAAGGAAAAGAUUGCACAUCUAUCCAGUCAAAUUGAUGAGCUCAAGGAGCGGGAACGGAAACGAAAUCAAGAUAUCAUGAAGACAAUACAAGGCCUCUUCACUCAUCGAGAAGAGGAGUUUGCUUCAGACGCUUUGAAGCUCCAAGACCAAUUAGAAGAAGCUUCAACUGAAACAGAAAAUGUAACAACGAAUAUACAAAGUCAAGAUACGUCUGUCCAUGAUUCGUUUGAGGCUUCCAUAACGCUGCACAGAGAAUCGAGCCAGAGGCUCCUGUCAAGUGCGGAUUGUCAUUAUGAGAAGACCAUUUCUAAAUUUGAAGACAUCAGGCAACACAACGCCAUGUUGGAGGAAUCAGUGACCUCACAAGUAAAAUCACAGAUGGAAAGACAGACGUGUCACACGGAGCAAGUUUGUGAAAAAGUCAAAGGUCACAUGGAAGAGGUCCUGCAGCAUGUCAGCAAGCAGAAAGCUGAUUCGGAGGCAAUGACCAGUGAACACCGUGAUUCCAGUGAGGCUCUAAGCGCCACCCAGGAGAACCAGCUGGCCGAGAUGACCACUACCAUCACCGGGUGGACGAAUGAUAGCCAGGCUCGGUCUCAGGAAGUGACCAGGUGGACGACAGAGAUGGAGGAAUCAGCGGACAAUGAACUGGAGAGAGUCCAGGAGUUCUUGUCGAAGGAUCUGAAGGAGGAUGUCCCAACUGGUACGACACCACAGCGAAAGCAAUUCACCUACCCCCGGGACCUGACGAGCACAGAACCGCAUGAUCUUAUCUUAAACAGGUUCCGUCGAGAUUGCGAGCUCAGCCAGGCAGCAGGAAUGCCUCUGCCUGAUGAUAGCCUUGCUAGCGAGUGUCCUGCCGAUGUGUCUCUUCAGUCGACAAAAGAGGGCAAGACUGGCCAGUCAGAGAGCUUUAUGAGCGAUGUCAGUACUGACGCCAACGAGGGUUCUUUAUCACGAUCUCAGUCGCAACAAUCACUCUCAUCCAAGGGAUUUGAUGCUGACGACACCAAGGAAAACUUUGUGAUGCCAAAAUCGGUCACAACCGCCCGUGGCAAGAAACAGCCCCGAGAUCGCAGCAAGAACCGCACACCUAAGAACAAGUCGCGGUUGCCGCUUCGCUCGGCAAAUUCUGUUAAUUGAUACAAUUACCCUCAGGUGUAAUCUCUUUGUGGAUCAAUUGUGUUGGGAUCCAAUGUCGGUCUUUGUAUCUCGCAAUUGAAUUGUCUGAAGAUCAUAUCUUAAAUGAUUAUGAGAGGAAUUCCAAUUUGAACUCUUUGAUAGCAAUGUAUUGGCUGAGAAUAAAAGAUCUAACUGAUGUAUAUUGGGGUUUGAGAGUUGUAUAAAAAUCAUGUUCCCCAAAGAUUAAUUCCUUUGCCUUCUGCACUGUGACAACUAUCAAUGAUGAAGAAAAAGGGAAAUUGGGUGUUUCAUAAAACUAGAAUCCAUAACUAAUACGUCCCCUACCAAUAACAUCACACCAUUAUACUAGCUUGUAACAGUUUGUCAUAAUGUGCAACUGAUGGCGGUUUGAGAGGAGAUGGGACCUCUUUUACUUAGUUAGAUGCUGAAUUGGUACAGCCUUUUAUAUUAGAGAUUUGUUUUAUUAUCCAAUUUUAGAGGAGGAGCACUCUCAUGAACGUAAACAUAUAUUGAGCUCUUGUAUGAGUAAUACACAUAGAUUUUUUAAGUGCUUGUGUAUAUAUAUAUAUAUGUAUGUAUAUCUAUAUAUAUAUGUAUGUAUGUAUGUAUAUCCUAGUGGCUUUUCAUCAUAUGUAUAGAGUUGGUAAUAGUCUAUAGGUGUGGAAUCAGCACAAUAUCCAUUGCAAUCUCAUUUCAGCAAUUAUGAAUCAAGACGAUAGUGUGAUAAGAAGUUGCAUAGAUAAAAACCCUUCAAUCUGCAGGCGAAGGUCUGUAAACGUAAAGUUUUGUAACAGAUAUCCGUAUAACCUGAAGAAAACCUCAGCAUUUGAAUCAAACAAGCUUUUUGUACGUACUUGUAUGUUACAGUUUGUCACUUUUUAUACUUGUUGUAUAUAUGCUCAUGUUGUACCAAUGGUUUUGGAAUUGGACAAUUCAAAUAUAGAUUGUACACUGAUGUCAAAGUGAGAACUCUUCGUCAAGCAUGAAAAUGAAAUACAUGUAUAGUGUAAGCUUAAAAGCGAGAAUGUAAAAUUGUAUAUAAAAUAACUGUCUGAUUGGCAAAUACUGAGAGAUACACAUUGUAUUGUUGCAUCAUCUUGCGUGUACAUGUAAAUAGGUUUGCAAGAUAUAAAGUGGGCCUUCAUUUUGUACUAAAUGUACUGUCGUUUUGUACUUAUUUUAAGUGGGAAUCAUUGUCAGCAUAGGUCAACUUAUAUCCAUACUUCUUCCCUCGACAAAAUAUGCUAUCACUAUGGUAAGAAUUAGGAAGAUUCAAAAUAGCAGUUUUAAGCUAACUUAACCCUAAAAGGACUGGGGGGGGGGCAAUAUUAGGAAAUUUAAACUCAUUGAUUGCUUUUAAGCAAUAUUUAAUGCACUCCGAAGUUAUGCUUAAAUUAUAAUGUUAUUAAUGAAAUAAUUAUCCAAUGGCGUAAACCAGUAAUGAAUAUUUUUAGCACAUGAGACAUUUGUAUCUUACUAAUAUUUCUUUUUAUAUUUCUUUUUAACCAAGCAUUUGUUGCAUUUAUUAAUCUACGUACAACUUUAUAAAGACACACACACUGAUCUGAACUGAUCUUAGUAUAGGCUACAGUGUAAUACCAUUUAAGCCGCAUGUAUGUUAUCCCACUCAGUAAGAAGUUUUAUGUUACAUCUUUGAAGAUUUGCUUGUUACCAUAUAUAUUCAUGUAAAUAGAAAGAGGUGGGGAAAAGUAUGAACAAGAUUAUGCAUAUAUUUGCUUUAUCAUGCGAUGAAUUGUGGUAUUUAUUUUAAAUUGGUGUUGUGGACAAAUUUGGAUUAAUUAAAGUUUGUUCAUACAUAA